AUAUUUUGUUCUCGAAGAUUGGUAAUCAGUUAUGCCUGAUAUCACGUUUUAUGUGCUGUGAUUUAGAGUGAUAGACAUGGCAAACAAUUGGAACCCUCAAUAAGACACAUUAAAAUUUUAUAGAAUUGAAAAAAAUAACCCAUAAAAGUAGGCAACAAUCCAUUAUGUACAGGAUAUAAGAAAACAGAGCUCACUAAGGAGUGAAGUUCCCUAGGUCGCAUUCUGACUAAAGAGGCCUGCUCUGGACCGGCACUUGGGAUUGAGAACGGUCGGAUUGAAGCUGCUCAGAUGUCCCAGUCUUCCUAUGCGGAAGAUAACCCUAUCUACGGCCCAGACCGCGCGCGGCUCAAUAUUCCCUCGACUCCCUAUGGCGCUCAGCUCAAGGCUAGUGACAGUGAUGGGGGCUGGUUCAAGAUCGAUCUUCUCAACACUCACGUGAUCACAGCGUUUGCGAUGCAGGGAUACGGCUCAACUGGUUCCGCGGCGCGUGUCACAUCGUUCCUUAUUUCCUCGUCCAAUGAUGAUGCCGCAUGGUUGUCUGUAGCUCAUACACAUGGUUCUCCCAAGAUUUUCCCUGGCAACACCGACAACACCGGGAUUUUGAAGACUACCUUCUCUCCGCCUGUGAUUGGUCGGUACUUCAAGAUCACCACAAAGACCUGUUCUGUUUACUGCUCCUUCCGAUUGGAAAUCUACUGCUGUGUCAAGAUUUAAAGAGCCCUGCUCAGCCACACAUUUAAUAUUGAUUUUAUUAAAAACUGAAAGGCAAAUGGUCAUUUAGGGUUAUACUACAUUUACCAGAUAUUGAAAACACCAAAGUAGUUUCCCAAAUUCUGCAGGUGAACAAAAUAUAUCGUUUUUAACAUUUGGAAAAUGGGGGCCGACAGCUUUUUUCUUUGCAAAAAGUUCCUGAGCAGCUCACUAAGAACGACAGAGAAGCACUUUUUGAAUGGGUGCUAAUUCCAUAUUUCACGCCCUAGUGUUGGCGUUCAGAAAGGGGCGAUAUUUGGUUAUGAACACCGAUACGGGAGCAUUUGCCAUUUGUUUGCGGUGCAUUUUCCGUGACUAGAGAAGCAGACACAUUGAAAUAUUGUCAAAGGUAAAGGUUUUAAGUGGGAUCUAAUUCCACACUUCGAGCUAAGGUUCCUCUGUUUUUUGUUGUUGUUCUUGUUGGAUAAUACAGAUCACCCCAACUUAUUUAGAUUACACAAAGCAGCAUUGAUUAUUCGAUAGCUAUUUCAACAAUAGGGUAAAAACUUGGUCACGGGGAUUGGAGUUCAAAACUGAUAAAUCACUCUACUGCAUUGAAUAUUACAUAAGCAUGCAUUGAAUAUUGCUUAAAGCAUGCAUUGAAUAUUACCUAAGUAUGCAAUGAAUAUUAAAGAUAAUUUCUAUCUGAA